UCCUUCAUGGAGACCUUCCUCCUGCUCCAUGGGCUCCUCGUCCUCUCCCUGGCGCUCGGCGCGCACGGCAAGGCGGGGGAGAACACGAACCUCACCAGGGAGAGCUUCCCGCCUGGGUUCGUCUUCGGGACGGCGUCGUCGGCGUACCAGGUGGAGGGGAACGCGCUCAAGUACGGGAGGGGACCGUGCAUCUGGGACACCUUCCUGAAAUAUCCAGGCGCUACUCCUGACAACGCAACCGCGAAUGUGACGGUUGACGAGUACCAUCGCUACAUGGAUGAUGUCGACAAUAUGGUGCGGGUUGGCUUCGACGCGUACCGCUUCUCGAUCUCCUGGUCACGCAUUUUCCCAAGUGGAAUGGGGAGGAUUAACAAAGAUGGCGUGGAUUAUUACCACAGGCUCAUCAACUACAUGCUUGCGAACAAUAUUACUCCCUAUGUUGUUCUCUACCACUUCGACCUUCCUCAGGUGCUCCAUGAUCAGUACAACGGCUGGCUAAGCCCCAGAGUUGUGAGUGAUUUCACAAACUUUGCAGACUUCUGCUUUAAGACAUACGGUGAUCGGGUUAAGAACUGGUUCACCAUCAACGAACCCAGAAUGAUGGCCGUCCACGGCUACGGCGACGGCUUCUUUGCUCCUGGCAGGUGCACCGGUUGCCGGUUUGGUGGCAAUUCCGCCACGGAGCCAUACAUUGCCGGCCAUCACCUUCUCCUUUCCCACGCUGCUGCCGUCAAGAUAUACCGCGAGAAGUACCAGGUUAAACAGAAGGGGAAGAUUGGCAUCCUCCUUGACUUCGUGUGGUACGAGUCGCUCACCAAAUCUAUUGAGGACGAGUUCGCGGCGCAUCGAGCCAGGAUGUUCACCCUUGGCUGGUUCCUGCACCCGAUCACCUACGGCCAUUACCCGGAGACGAUGGAGAAGAUAGUGAUGGGAAGGCUACCCAAUUUCACAUAUGAGCAGGCUACUAUGGUGAAAGGCUCAGCAGAUUACAUUGGGAUCAACCACUACACGACAUAUUAUGCCAGCAACUACAUCAACGAGACGCAAAAGAGCUAUAGAAAUGAUUGGAACGUGAAGCUUUCAUAUGAGCGUGACGGUGUGCCUAUCGGGAAAAAGGCGUACUCGGACUGGCUGUACGUUGUUCCUUGGGGGAUCUACAAAGCUGUCAUGUGGACCAAGGAGAAGUUCAACAACCCUGUCAUAAUCAUCGGCGAAAACGGCAUUGAUCAGCCGGGCGAUGAAACGUUGCCUGGUGCACUCUAUGACACCUUCAGGAUAGAUUACUUUGAGAAGUACCUCCACGAGCUCAAGUGCGCGGUGAACGAUGGCGCAAAUGUCACAGGGUACUUUGCUUGGUCACUGCUGGAUAACUUCGAGUGGAGGCUCGGUUUUACCUCCAAGUUCGGAAUUGUAUAUGUCGACCGACAGACAUUCAAUAGGUACCCCAAGGACUCGACACGCUGGUUCCGGAAGGUGAUUAAAAACGAGCACUGAAGUGACUGUAUCGUAGCUAGCUUGUGCUUAAUUGUUUGCAUUUUUGUUGACGUUAGAUUUAGUUUUUAUGAAUAAGAUGACUAGUAGUUCAGAUCUUCUUCAAAUACGGACAGUUUUUUCAUUUUGGUUUGAAUAAAUUUCACAAACCUAUAAUUAUUUGUAUUUUUUAACACAAAGCUACAACUUCUGAGACCUAUUUUACAAAACUACAAUUACUUGUGCUCUCAGUAACGCAAAACUACAUCUUUUUGGCCUGGUCCCACCUGUCAACCACACAUUAAUCGUUUUCCCUAUUAUGUUGAAAAUAUGUGACUGACAAGUGAGACCAGAUCA